GAUAACAUGCUGGAUCAAUGCAGGAGUCAGGCCUCUGGAGGAUGUUUUCAAAAUCUUCUUGACAAGAUAGAGAACAUUACAAAUCAAGAGCUUCCUUUGGAUACUGUGACCGAAAUUUUGACUAUGACCAUCAACGCUUCUGAGAAGAUCUUAGAGUCAUCCUCAUCAGUCAGCCCAGCUGAACUAGCCUCCUAUCGAAACCGUGUGCUAAAAACUAGCGAAAAACUCAUAUCUACAUUGGUGAAGCCAACAGACACGAGUGCGAAUGUCAGUUUUACUCUCCCCACUGUAGAGGGACAAGUCUUCAUGGUUGGACCACAUGUCACCUUAGAUAAAAUCCCUCGACUUCACACGACAAAUUCUUCUGUGGACAUCGAUCUCAUUGGGAUCGCCAAGAACAACAACAAAGGAUCAGCUGCUGUGGCUUUCAUGAGUUAUAACACAAUGGAGAAUCUACUGAAGCCAGACUUCUUCAACACACCAAAUGAUACGGUUAAAACCAUGAUGUCCACUGUGAUCUCAGUUACUCUUCCCAAAACCACCAACACUAAACUCACCAAACCAGUCAACUUCACCCUCAAACACAUCAGAGACUCCAACCCCAGCGGUUCUCUGUCCUGUGUGUACUGGAAUACCAGCGAGUGGAUUGUAGAUGGUUGUUCUGUUUUAAAGACCAACAGAAGCUACACUGUGUGUUCCUGUGUUCAUCUGUCAACAUUCGCUCUCGUGCAAACCAGCAGUUCAUUAGAUAGCGAUCCACAGCUGGACCUGUUGACUUGGGUGUCUGUGACCUUGGGGCUCCUGUUCUUCAGUUUGGGCCUGUUGAUCUUUGCCCUUUGUCGGUGGACUCCCAUGUCUGAUUGGAUAUGUGGUCACUCUCGUUGUGUCCGGCUGGUUCCUAAAGGCUAUGUCAGGGAACUGUCAGGCAGCAGUACAGGAAAUGCUUCAGAUGUCUCUGAUGUGGACUCAAAGCCAACAACGUCGAAAGUGUCCCAAGAAAAACACUGCAACAUCACGUUAUCCCUAGAACGCAUGAACCAAAAUACCAACACGAGUGCAUAAAGGAGGGUCAAAAAUUUUAAAUUAAUGGUUUUCUUAAAAAAGAGCACUAUUAAUGAUACAUAAAUAAUCAAGAAUUAAUGGGUAGUAUGAAUACAAUCUGAAUGUUCUACGCCCACCACCAUUUUACAUUAUCAUGUGAGAUAUUUACUAUCCCAUAUGGAUAGUAAAAUGUCAAUCUUGGCAGAAGCUGUAGGUUAUCCGGGUACUUUUGUUUUUUUGUCUAAUAUUAUAUGAAUACUGUGAAUUCAGAUAUGUUACUCAUUGCCCAUACUUCUUUUCACUUGCUAUAUUGUAGGGAAAUAUGUGUAUUCAGGCUAAUUCUGGACACCACAGGUUUUUAAGUAAUCCAUAAAGAAAAUAAAUAUUAUUAUUGACAAAAAUGUAUCCAGAAAUACUGUGUCGAGUCAAAAUUCCAUAGAAAAUGAAUACGGGUCAAUUUGACCCCUCUUUAUGAAGAAUUUCUUUUUUAAGAAUUCAUGGAAUAUCAAAUAUAUUUCUUAAUUGAUAGAAUAUAAUUAAACAAAUGACAACAUGCCAGGUUAAUUUGACCUCCUUUAUGCAUUCUAGGGUUCAGGAAUAUCUAUAUGUUUUUGGGUAUUAAUUGUCAUAAGGCCAAUUCACCCUGCACCGACAGACACGACCAAUGCGGACAAUCAACAGAUUUCAAUAUGUCACUGUUUAGAAGUUCUAUGACCCAACAUAUGCUGAUUCAGCAUAUUCAGUUGGUGAAAAGAAGAGCUGACCAAUGUCAACAGGAGUAUCACACUGAUCUGACAAAACUCAACAAAGUGUCUGUUGCCAUCUGUUGGUUCAGUGUGAAUUCGCCUACAGUCUCAGCUUCUUUCUGCAAAUAAUAUUAAAACAUGUUAUACAAGUUUCGUAAUAUUACAGCUGUUAAUACUAUUGAUGUAAAUGAAAUAACUCAUUUAAUUACUCAAGAUUUUUUUUGGUGGAGGGCAAAAGUAUGUUACAGACUAAUAGUUUUUGUUUACUUAAUAUAAAAGCUGAAUAUGGAAUUAAUGCUUAGAAAAUACAAAAACUAAAAAGUACUUUCAUGUCUGUGGUAAAUGGAAACAUUAAAUGACUUUACAUUGUAUAGUAUCAUAAAAGUACAUUUUUAAAUAUGAGACAUGUACAAGCUCAAAUAAUGAAACUGUUAAAACAGUUACAGUUCAAUAUAAUUAUAGUUUAACUGUUUAACAAUUAUAUAUUAUUUUGUCAAGCUCAGAAAGCCAUUCAUUAGAUGAUCAUUCCUCUGUAAAAACAUGUUAUACGAGUGUAAACUUUAAUACUAUUGAUGUGAAGCUCAUAAACUUACAGAUUCCUCUGAAUAAUCCAACUUAAAUAUUUUCAAGUAAAUGUUGGCAAAUAUUUCAUGUGUGCGAUUUUAUAAUUUCAUGUGUGUGGUGAAAGGGAAAUAAAUGAAUUUACACUGUAUGGAAUCAUAGUUGUUUAGUUGUAAAGUUACGUAUUUGUUAAUCUUGAACAAUUAUAUUUUUGUUUGUCGAGCUCAGAAAGUUAUUUCUUCUGUAAGGAUUCAUUAAACAGUAUGUUACUUUAAAUAUUCAUAUGCAUCAUACAAAAUAUCUUAAUAAACAAAACAAACAAUUGUAUAACAUUUGUAUUUUAAACGUUUUUUUUUUUUUUUCAGUUUCUAUAAAAGAAAAAGCUCUAGUGACUCAGAUUUGAGAGAAAUAACAGAGAAAUAUGAAAUACUAAAUCAAGCCAUCUUCCACAGCAUUUCUGUAUUAAAAUGCAACAUUAAUAACCUUUAGAAAUGCAAAUGUUUAUAAUUAAUAUAUUUGAA